AGAUAGCUACAACUCCUGUUCCCGGUUCGUUUUGUCAUUCCCAUUCCAUUCCCAGUUCCCGUCACACGAGUUAGCAGCGCACAGCUGCAUCGGAGAUCCUUUUUGUGGCGUGCUCGCUAACAUAACCCCUUUUUAUUGGUUGCCAACGACGCCCAUGCUACAGGCAGAAAGCAGAAACAGAAGAAGAAGAAGCAGCACGAAGCGAAGCAGAGGCAACAGCAACACAGAAAAACAGCAAAAGCAAAGCAUUGGAGUAGUUGUUUGGAUGUGGACGGAAAGGCAGACUGGCGGCGACUAACUAAAAGCAGUACAUUGAAAGGAGCAGCUCGGAGCGGACAGGAUAAGGAUAAUAAGCAGUCGAUAACAGCCAGCGACAAAUUUGGCUUAUAUAUUUAAGCCAACCAGCCAGUCAGUCAGCCGGGCACUUGCGAAGUAGCCAACGUCCUGGGCCCCAAGAUACCAGAAUACCCGUACCCACCAAAUCACCAAUCACCAACCAUUAGCAGGCGACGACGACACACAUCCGCAGAAGAUGUCCAACGGCAAGGCGACGGUGUCGUUCUUUGAGAACGGGAGCACCAAACAGUUCGAGUAUUGCUACCAGAUGUAUCCGCAGGUCCUCAAGCUGAAAGCGGAGAAGCGCUGCAAGAAGCCGCAGGAGCUGAUCCGACUGGACCAGUGGUACCAGAACGAACUGCCCAAAUUGAUUAAGGCGCGCGGCAAGGAUGCGCACAUGGUAUACGAUGAGCUUGUCCAGUCGAUGAAAUGGAAACAGUCGCGCGGCAAGUUCUAUCCGCAGUUGUCCUACCUGGUCAAGGUCAACACACCACGGGCCGUCAUCCAGGAGACGAAGAAGGCCUUCCGCAAGCUGCCCAAUCUGGAGCAGGCGAUCACAGCACUAUCGAACCUCAAGGGUGUCGGCACCACAAUGGCCAGUGCCCUGCUGGCAGCCGCUGCUCCCGACUCGGCACCAUUUAUGGCCGAUGAGUGCCUGAUGGCCAUACCAGAGAUCGAGGGCAUCGAUUACACCACCAAGGAGUACCUCAACUUUGUCAAUCACAUCCAGGCAACCGUGGAGCGCCUAAAUGCGGAGGUCGGUGGCGACACGCCACACUGGUCGCCGCAUCGCGUGGAACUGGCCCUCUGGUCGCACUACGUGGCCAACGAUCUCAGUCCCGAGAUGCUCGACGAUAUGCCGCCGCCGGGAUCCGGCGCACCAGGCACUGGCUCACUCAGCACAAACGGCAGCAGCAGCAAGGUGCUCGACGGCGACGACACCAACGACGGUGUGGCCGUUGAUCUGGACGACGAGAGCCAGGGAGCAGGCGGUCGCAACACUGCUACGGAAUCGGAAACGGAGAAUGAGAACACGAACCCGGCUGCCCUGAUGCCUCUGCAGUCGGGCGAGGUCAAGAACAACAGCAACGCAGCUGCCGUGGGCGCCGCCCUACAGGAUGGCGACUCAAACUUUGUGUCGAACGAUUCCACCUCCCAGGAGCCAAUCAUUGACGAUAACGAUGGCACCACACAGACAACGGCCACCACGUCCACGGAGGAUGGUGAGCCCAUAGCCCUGGGCAUUGGCAUCGGUUUGGGUGGCACACCGCUCGCCUCCGACUCUGAAAGCAAUCAGGAGGCGCCGCCCAAGACCAACAGCCUGACCAUCCUGACUCCGACACAGCCCUCGACCCAGACCCAGACCCAGGAUCAGGCGCCGAGCCAGCCCCUCAAAACUAACAAGUCGAUCACUAACAACGGCCAGGUGGCUCCUUUGGCAGCAGAAGAGGUGGUCACAGCAGCACCACAGCCUGCCAGCAAAGCGACUGCAGCAGUAGUAGCAGCAGCCAAUGGAAAUGGAAACGGCAACGGCGUUUUGGGCGACGACGAUGAGGACGAGGUGGAUGACGAUGAGGAGGACGAGCUGGAAGAGGAGGAUGAACACGAGGCGGAGCUAGAGGCUGACGAGAGCAAUAGCAGCAACGGCAUUGUGCGGGACAGUAAGCUGCAGCAGCUGGCGGCGAGCAAGGCGGCGGAUGCGGUUUUGCCCGUUGAGUCAGCGGAUGCAAAUUCGGCGCCUGCCAUCGGACAGAAGCGUACGGCCCUGCACUGUGAGAUGGAGUUGAAUAACGCCGGUGGAGUGGGUGUUGGCGUGGGCGUGGGCGUGGGGGAGAAGUCGCCAGAGCUAAAGAAACUGCGCAGCGAAUGAAGCGGAGGUGAGGAUAGGAUACGAAAUACGGAUACGGAUGCGGAUGCGGAAACGGGGAUCGGUUCAGUUCGGUUCGGCUCGCCGCGUAUCUGGUGGAAAGACAUAUGUAUGUAGUGCAGUUGAGUCGACAUAGAGACAUAGAGCAACAUUACCUACACUUUACCACAACAACAUUCAAGAAAUUCUACUAUUAAGCAACUAAUUAUACAUACAUAUAAUAUAUUAUAUAUAUAUCUAUAUAUAUACAACAUAUAACGAGAAGCAAACAUCCAACACACACCACUCUCAUACACACCACACAACACAACACAACACCACACCACACAAAACACAACCAAUCCGACAUAACAUAACAUAACCGAUCAGAUCAGAGCGGAAUAUAAGAUCCCGUUCCAGCAAGCAGAACUACAAACAUUUCAAUAGCAUAUGAAGCGCGCCAAGAUGAAGAAUCCGAUCAAGAAUCCGAAGAACAAGCAGCAACAGCAGCAGCACCAGCAGCAGUAAAAGAGAGUUCAGAACGCAGCGUUAACGUAAUAUUAUAACUGAAACGAAAAGCAAAUGCAUAACAUGAAUAGUAACUAUAAAACAAGAUCAGAUGAAAAUCGAUAUUUUUACACAGUCAAAAGGAACAUUUAAAUAUAAAGAAAUUUACAAAUGCCGCAGUUGCCCACUACAUACAAAAACAAAAAAUAUAAAAACAAAAAAAAAAAAAACAAAAUGAAUGAUUAAGAUGGAAAAAACAAUAAUUAUAAUAAAACACAAAAAUAAUUUAUAUACAUAAGUAUUUAAAUUUAAUAAUAAAUCAAAAACUUGUCGCAGAAACCAAGUCCAAACCACCACCUUCACCCCCUCGACCUUCGACCCCGCAGCAAUUCGCGCUCUCUCUCUCUCUCUCGCACACACAAACAACACACGCCGCACACACAACACCCACAUACACACUCGGAAGAAACAAAACAAAAACAAAACUCAUUUCAACACUAAGAAAUUUUUGUGGUCGUAAUUAUAAUAAUAUAAUUUAUAUUUUAUGUGUA